AUGCCCUCACCACAGCCAAGCAUCUCCUCCCCAGGAUCAUCAACCUCCUCAGCAUCUACUUCAUCCAUUUCCCCAGCACCCAGAGGCGGACGCACCCGCGUCUCCGCAGAGCACACUCUAAACCGGGUGCGCGAGAACCAGCGGCGACACCGGGCCCGACAGCGCGACCACGUCGCCUCGCUAGAGCAAAAGCUCGCAGAAACCGAAGCUUUGCUCGCCGAGGCACGCGCUGAAAUUGCGAGUUUGAAAGAGCAGCAUAGCUUGUGCGUUAAGCAGCAACAGCAAGUUGUUGUUGAUGAGGGUGUGGUGGAGCGGUCGUAUGUGAAUGUUGAAGAUGGUGGAGUUGACGGUGGUCACAUGAGUUUGGAUAUCGACGUUGUAUCUGCACUACCAUUAUCACUGCCUCUAUCAUCGCCGUCGCUGUCAGACACACAAACACAAACACAAACACAAACACAACCACCACACUCUUCCUCAUCAACAAUCCCAUCCUACGACAUCCCCUACCUCACCUCCCCCACCCCAUUCUACCUCCCCAACUCCCUUUCCCUAUCCCUCUCACCCAGCCUCUCCCCUAUCCCCACCCCAUCCACAGGCCCACCUCCCUGCUGCACCGACCCAGACCCAACUCCCCUCUCCCUCUCCCCACCAGACCCCGAAUGCACAACCUGCAAAACCCGCCCACCGCCUUCCCCCACGGAAUCAACCACCCUCUGCGCACAAGCCUACGUCAUGAUUAGCCAGCAAAACUUCCGCAACUUGGACCCGGAUAUCAUUCGUUUGUGGUUGGCGCAGGGGUUGAGGCGCGCGCAGAGGGAGGGCGAGGGGUGCAGGGUGGAGAAUGGGGCGUUGAUGCGGUUGUUGGAUUUUAUUAGUGGGGUGUAG